AGUUGUGUUUUUAGGUGGCAGCACGCAGCAGCAGCUCGGAGGCGGGGGUUCGAGUCCUGAUGAGUGGGUGUGUUUCCGCUCUGCUCGAAUUCAGUGCGACGUUUUUAUUAAAGUAGAAAGAUGGCGGCUGUGCAUCUGAGGAUCGGGGAUUUGGUGUGGGGAAAGCUUGGCCGUUACCCACCAUGGCCAGGAAAGGUAGUGAGCCCUCCGAAGGACCUGAAAAAGCCCAGGGGCAAAAAAUGCCACUUUGUGAAGUUUUUUGGAACUGAAGACCACGCCUGGAUCAAAGUAGAACAGUUGAAGCCCUACCACGCCCACAAAGAAGAGAUGAUCAAGAUCAACAAAGGAAAGAGAUUUCAGCAGGCGGUGGACGCAGUAGAAGACUACCUGAAGAAGGCCAAGGGGAAAGAACAGAACUCUGAGGGUAAAGCAGAAUCCAAAGGAAAGAAAGCUUCUAACAAGCCCCUGAAGAUACUGGAUGAAGAUGAUGAGGACCUCAGCGCCCUGAAGGACCCAUCUGAGAAGGACCUAACUGACUCUGACCCCGAGCCGUCUGCUAUUGAGAGGCUGGGGGCUGGACCUGGCUCUGGAUUCAAAUGGGAGAGCAGUACGGUCAAAAACGAUCCACACUUUCACCACUUUCUGCUCAGCCAGUCUGAGAAGCCAGCCUCGUCCAUGGAGCCCAUUAGCAAGCGCCUGAAAAUCAUUGAAGAGGUCACAGGGUCAACUUCCAUCCAAGCAGCAGACAGCACAGCCAUCAAUGGCAGCAUCACACCCACAGACAAAAGGAUAGGUUUCCUGGGUUUGGGACUCAUGGGCAGCGGCAUCGUUUCCAACCUGUUGAAAAUGGGCCAUGUUGUGACUGUGUGGAACCGCACAGCAGAAAAGGUGAUCACAUCACGGGGGGGACGUUUCCUGGAGGCUCCAGUUUCAGGAAGCCAGCAGCUCUCCAACGAGGGGAUGUUGGUGAUCCUGGCGGCCGGUGACCGGACGGUGUAUGAGGACUGCAGCAGCUGCUUUCAGGCCAUGGGCAAGACCUCGUUCUUCCUCGGCGAAGCAGGCAAUGCAUCAAAAAUGAUGCUGAUCCUGAACAUGGUCCAGGGCAGCUUCAUGGCCACCAUUGCAGAGGGGCUCACUCUGGCCCAGGCCACUGGCCAAUCGCAGCAGACCUUCCUGGACAUCCUGUGCCAGGGCCAGAUGGCUAGCACCUUUGUGGACCAGAAAUGUCAAAAUAUUUUGCAGGGCAACUUUAAACCAGACUACUAUUUGAAACACAUUCAAAAGGACCUGAGGCUAGCCAUCUCCAUGGGUGACAUGGCCAACCAUCCAACCCCAAUGGCUGCAGCUGCCAAUGAGGUUUACAAGAGGGCUAAAGCCCUGGACCAGUCAGACAACGACAUCUCUGCGGUCUACAGAGCCUACAUCCACUAGAGCCAGGUGUGACCCAUCCUCUGGACCACAGUCUUUAAUCACUUCUUUCUUUUGUCUUUAAUGAAUUUUAUUUGAAGUUUUAGUGGGUCUGUUUUCAUUUAGCCCCAGUGCUAGCCACGUUACACCCCCACCCCCCCUCAAGUCCUGGGACCGUCGCCCUUUGAGUUGUACUUUUCGUUUUUUUAAGAGGCCACCUUGAGCGUUGCACUGACCAUACUGGGAGGAUAGACGUGCUCCUGAUGAGGUUCACUACUGCAGUUUCAAUGACAGGCAUCAAGUCUGGGCAAUGUGCUGUGGGGGGUCCAGUCCCACAAACUGCUGUCAGCUGUUGUGAAAACAGAAAGCCUAAAAAUGUCUUCUUUUCUUUGCUGUGUAUUUAAUUGAGUGUAAUCUUUUCUUUUAAUGUUUAGAAGUCGGUGAGGAAACGACCCCACCAAGAGCAUGCCGCUGCAUUGCCUUAACCUUUGCCCCCCCUCCCCUGUGCUUCAUCUGUAUUUAUUUCAGCUGUUGGUGCAGCAUCACCACAGCUGCUUCUUCCUGUGUUUCAUCAGAGUAAUGUGUAUUUAGGCCUUCAAAUGCAGUAAGGAUAGAUUGUUCUUUUCAACAAAAUGUGUGAUUUUCACAUUUAACAUCAUUUCUUUAGUUUGGAAGAGUUCUCAUUUUACUGCUCUGAUCAUCUAUUUAAGUUGUCUUUAAGUUAAUAAUUGAGCCCCAUUGUCAGUAAUCUUUCUCCUUUGGGAUGCUGAUAAAAGAUGAGAAAGACUAUUAAAAAUUCCCUUUGUGUUUUUUUUAUGGAUUUCAACUCAUUCAGCUGAGCUUUGGUGAAACUGUUACAAACUCACUUUGGUCUGGUUCUUGUUACAUUUUCAUGAACAGCCCAUCAGAACCUGAGUCCAGAUCUCUAACAGGUCUGUUUGAGCUUCAGCUGAGCACAUCUCAACUGUACAACUAGUUCACAAUGUUUUACACAAACCUGAAGUGACCAAUAAAAAUCAAUUUCAUCUGA